GCAACACAGGUCGGCCAACAGCCGUGCCAUGUUAUUUCUUUUGCGAAGCCUCUCUAUCACUUCGCCCGUUCGCCCUCUUCUCUCCCCGCCCCGACAAAUCUGGCCCCUGCUCCCGGCCGCGGCCGGCAUCACCUUCCUCCGGCAGCGCGCGCCCUGCUCCUGACCGCUUCCGCCGUCAUCUGCUGCCGGCGGCGCCCCCCGCCACCUCCACUCCCUGAACUAUGCGACGCGCGUGGCAACCCCCUGCGAGAGCUGCGCGCGGGGCGCCCUCCUGGUGGACGACCACGAGCCACACGGUCGUCGCGAGCAUGAGCGCCGACCAGAUGUGCUGAAUGCGGCUGAAGUUCAGGUUGAAAUGGGCGCAGAUUUGAAUGCAGGCCGCCAGGAAAACUUCAAGCUAGCGAUACAAGACAGAGAAAGCAGAAAUUACCUAGAGAAGCUUCAGAUAGAUGUUAUCCGCAGCUGGGUAGUGAGGAAGACGAGCUUCAGAUGGAUGUUAUCCGCAGCUGGGAGACAGGUCGUCUAAUGAUUCCAUCGAACGCCAUGGAAGAAAUAGACCCGCUGUAUAAUAAUAAUAAUUAAUUAUUAUGUGAGAUGUGUAAUGUACUGCAAGUGAACGGCUACUUCUAGUUCAACGUCCGUACAAUUGGUUAGGGAGCUCCGAGUACAUUUUCCGUCCGUCCAACGUCCCCUUCAAUUACACCAUCCAAUGGAGAAAAGGGACGUGCGAUUGUCUGGCUACUUCUAGUUCCACGUUUCAAGUUUGAACUGGUCCAUCAAUUGGAUGCAUCAGACACAUCAAAUAAUUAGUGCAGCUAGGACCGUUCAACCAAAACCAAGAGAAGGUUCAAUCGAUCAUGGUGCCCAGUCCCAUCUGAUGACUCGCUGUCGCGUAGUCAUCACCUCGAACCAUGAUUUAGACAUAAUCAGGUGGAUGACAAGUCCAGUUGGACCGUAUACCUCAGCAUCCAUCCCCUUCCUCACCCCCCAACCCCCCAAUCCUCUUCCAAAGCGACGACGGAAGAAGCCUAGCCCUAUAGCCAUCAAGCCAUGGCCGCCAAGGACCCAUCGUAUCUCGAGACCACUACUCUCCUUAGUCAAGAGAUCCAGCAAAAGGAGCUUCGCUUCAAAUUGUACUUGUUCCAGCACACUCAAGGCGAGCCAAAUCGGAACGAGCGCGCUGUAUCGUCUUUGCAUGCCCCCCAUGAGUUUGGGUCCAUCGUCGUUCAUGACUGGACCAUACGGGAUGGUCCUAACCUCCAAGAUAAAAUUGUUGCGCGCGCCCAAGGACUGCAUCUCGGGGCCGGUAUGAACGAAACAAACUGGUUUACCAGUUUCAACAUAAUUUUCACCGAUGAGAGGUUCAAGGGAUCCACUCUUCAGGUGCUCGGAACUACGAGCAUAAGAGAUGGUGAAUGGGCCAUCACUGGUGGCACCGGAGAGUUUGCCUUUGCGCAGGGUGUUGCCACUCACAUAAAAAGCAAGGAACGUGGUGGUGCUGGCCGUGACUGGGAGCUCCGAAUCCGCGCUACGUGCCUCACCUUCCCCAAACCGGUCCUUGUAACCAAGAUUGGACCAUGGGGUGGGCAUGGAGGAAAAGAAUUUGAUAUCCGAGAGUCAGUACCUCAACAUCUAGAAAGUGUGACAAUUAGAAGUGGUGUUGCAAUUGACUCAAUUGUGUUCUCCUACAUUGAUCAAGCUGGAAAGAAGCAAACUCUUGGUCCAUGGGGUGGCGAUGGUGAACUUACUGACACGAUCACUUUUGCCCCUUUAGAGAUUGUGAAGGAAGUUUCAGGAACAAGCGGUACUUUUGGUGGAGAUACUGUUGUGACAUCGCUUACUUUUGUCACAAAUGUGAGGACAUAUGGACCUUUUGGAAAACCAAAUGGUACUGCUUUCAGUGUCCCUCUUACGGAUACUAACAUUGUGGGCUUCUUCGUGCGUGCUGGAAGACUUGUUAAUGCGAUAGGAGUUUAUGCGUGUCCUUCUGUUCAAAAUUAUUAGUACAUACAUUUUUCAAGAAUAACUAGAGCUUUGGCCGGCAUCUUAUGGGUUGCCGUGGUCUCAUGUAUCA